AGGCAGACGCCCCUCUCUGGAAAAGUUUGAGAAGGCUCUUUGGAUCUUUUGGAGAGCAAGGUGACAGUUUGGCUGCAAGAGGAAUAACACGUGUUGCGCCUGUCUGUGUGUCUGUGUGUGUUUGUGUGUGUGUGAUAAAAUAUUCCACCUUGAGCAGCCGCCAUGGACAGCGGAUCCAACGGAACCAGCGACCCGAGCUGCAUGGAGGAUGACCCUCCACUGGCCAUCGACAUCAUCACCAAAUUGGACAUCUACGGCAUAAUUACGUACGCGCUGCUCACCUUCAUGGCGACGGUGUCCAUGCUGGUCUUCCUAGAGGAGUGUGUCUACAUCUACAAAAAAGUGCCCGUCAAUAAGAAGAGCGCAAUCAUCUGGGUGAACGGAGCGGCACCGGUGAUUGGCACCAUGUCGUGUUUGGGGAUGUGGAUUCCCAAAGCCACCAUGUUUACUGAUAUGACCUCUGCUUGCUACUUUGCCAUCGUGGUCUUCAAGUUCCUGAUCCUGAUGCUGGAGGAGGUGGGCGGUGACGAGGCCUUCCUGAGGCGAGCGGCCAAACACACACUUCGGAUCAACACGGGGCCGUGCUGCUGCUGCUGCCUCUGCCUGCCCCGUGUGGCCAUCACACGCCGCUCGCUCUUCCUGCUCAAACUUGGCUCCUUCCAGUUUGCCAUCCUAAAGAUUGUCUUCACCAUCCUUUCCAUUGUCCUCUGGACCAACAAGACAUAUGAUAGAACUGAUAUGUACUUAUAUCAAUCUGGUAUAUGGAUCAACGUGUUUGUGGGCAUCUUGACAAUCAUAGCCCUGUGGCCUGUCGCGAUCAGCUUCAUGCACCUGAGGAUCGCCCUGCGAACCGUUAAGAUCAUCCCCAAGUACGCUCUGUACCAGCUUGUGCUGAUCCUGAGUCAACUGCAAACGGCUAUCAUCAACAUCUUGGCUAUGAAGGGAAUAAUCGCCUGCUCUCCGCCCUUCCCCUCCAAGGCCAGAGGAUACAUGAUGAGUCAGCAGCUUCUGAUCCUGGAGAUGUUCCUGAUCACGCUGGGGUCUCGCCUGCUGUACCGCCGACAGUAUGACCCUUUACCCGAAGAGGAGGAGGAAGGCGGCGAAACCACCAAGAUGGUUACAAGGACUUCUUCCGCAUGAGAUGUGUGUGCGUGUGUAAAUGUGAAAGAUUUUGUGUGUGUGUGUGAGAUUUUUUUUUCCUCCUUUUUUUUGAUUAAAGAUUUUAUAAGUCAAUAUGAAUAAAUGAAAUGUACCUAAACAUAUCUGUGGAUUUU